AUGAACUUUGAUAGAUUCAGGACUGAAUUGGUGCCCAGCAACUUCCUUGAGAUCAACAUCUUCAGCCCGCAAUCUGGCCGUGCCUGGAGGAGGAGGCACCCAGAGGCCUCGUGGACUGAUGUGGAGGCAGGGGUGGGUGAUGGCUGGGGGGACAUAAGGGAGCUCUACACACCCAUCUCCAACUUUUCCCUUCUUCUCGUUGCUGAACAGAGACAUGACGAAGAGGCGGUAAUUGACCGGGGAGGAGUGAGCAGUGUUGUCAGGAUUCACUAUGAGAUGGAGGAGUUGGAAGGCCACCGGAACAUGUCUGUGGGCAUGUGGAUGCCACCAGUGAGGCAGAGCCACCGGCACCACCGACCCCGCAGCCAGAAGCAUCAGGAAGGUGACCAGGAGAAGGACUCUGCCCCAGUGGAGCAGGGCUACCACUACACCCCAUCCCAGCGGGUGCAGUUCAUCCUCGGGACCGAGGAAGAUGAGCAGCACAUCCCCCAUGAUUUGUUCACUGAGCUGGAUGAGAUCUGCGUGAAAGAGGGUGAAGAUGCUGAGUGGAAGGAAAGGGCAAGGUGGCUGAAGUUUGAGGAGGACAUGGAAGACGGUGGCGAGCGCUGGAGCAAGCCCUACGUGGCCACGCUGUCCCUGCACAGCCUCUUUGAGCUGAGGAGCUGCAUCCUCAAUGGCACAGUGCUGCUGGACGUUUCUGCCAACAACAUCGAAGAGAUUGCAGAUAUGAUCCUGGGCCAGCAAGAACAGUCCAAGGAGUUUGAUGAGUGCACACGGGUGAAAAUUCGAGAAGUCCUCUUGAAGAAGCAUCACCAUCAGAAUGAGAAGGAAAGAAGCAACAUUUUCCCCAUUCUCCACUUGUUUGGUGAUGGGAGUGAGAAGCAACCAGACCUGCACCCCCUUGACAAGCCAGCCCAAACACUCACCCCUCAUCCUGCCACCACUGCAGGAGAUAAAAACGGGGUGAACCGUGAGACCAGCUCAAUGGAUUUAAGCAAGGCGGAGCUGCACUUCAUGAAGAAAAUUCCCACCAGGGCUGAAGCAUCUGACGUGCUCGUAGGAGAGCUGGAUUUCCUUCAGCAGCCCUUCGUGGCAUUUGUCCGCCUGACCCCAGCUGCCCUCCUUUCGAGCAUGAUGGAAGUUCCCAUCCCGAUAAGCUCCAGAUAA